AUGCCAUACACAGGGUCUCACGCACCCGCGUCACAGCAAGGACACGCACCCCAACCAACGGCACGUACUAUGUCGCAUGGCCGAACCCCACCCUCCCAGUUUCCAGGCGCACUCACAGGCGCCCAUUCAGGGCCGUUGCACCUCGGAGAGCAGUUUGCUGGGUCAUAUCCGGGCCCACCCAAUCUGGGCACACCGGCACACCCGCUUCCGCAGCAUCCCCAGUCCUUGCCUAUGUUGGAUGGGUAUUCCCACCCCGAAGGAUACGCCCAGCCCCCAGAAGGAUACCCCCCGCACCCAGAAGGGUACCCACCCUAUGGACACCCAGGCUACGGCCCGCCCAUGCACCCAAACCAGCCACAUGGACCGGGCCUGAUUCGGCCGGGUUUGGGUGUUUUGGGACAGCGAGAGUAUUUGAAUGGCCGGGGGGCAGGCACCGUGGGAGGACAUCCUAGUUACUCUCAACCCCUUCCGAGGAAAAUGUACAACUACCCGCGAGGCGACCCACGAUCGAUAGUGCCUCCACCGGUGCUCGGCGGGCCACGCGCCGGGCCGAGCGAUGCCGAGUGGACACACCACGGAGAGAUUGCCCUGGGUGCAGGCACUUGGCCUAAAGGGGGGGACCGGUACUAUGAAUGGUCGCAUCCGGUCGCCGACAGGCUUGACGGAGGACGGGGGGAGCGGUCGCAGCCGGCGGUGGGUGCGGGUGCUGGGGCUGGGUGGUCUCAUGGGCCGAACUCGGCUACACUGGAACGCAAG